AUGGCUACUACGACAAAUGUAUCGGCCAUUUCAGAAGCCGAGUACGGUUGUGAGCAUCUCGCUGCCCUUCUUUCCAAAGACGAGGAGACCAGCGAGAAGUUCCGAAACUCUUUCGUCAAGGCACAAAAAUCUCUUUCAUCGCAAUCGCAGGCCAAUGGAGCAUCAUCUUCCUCCGGCCAGACUUCUAUCUCUCUCAAGCCUGUCUAUACCUGCUUAGACUGCCUUGAGAAAUGUUCCAGUGGCGACCGGAAACAGCAUAGUGAGAAAACGGAGCAUAACUUCUACAUGGAGUCGCGGAACGGCUCCCUUUUCUGUCAUGCUUGUCAGGACUUGGUGUAUGACCAUGACCUCGAACGACUCCGCGCGACAGCCCUGGGACUGUCCUCAGCAGCAGUAUCAAAGAAGCGGACGUUUAGCGAAAGCUCUGCCGACGAGGCUUACGUCAAGAGCAAUGCCACCAAACGGCCUUGCGCCAAGGAAGGCACCUUGCUGCAUGAUCCCUUACUCAACACCUAUUUCCUUGGAAACGGUCACCAAACGCACGAGUGCACCGUGCCUGACUGUAUUGGCUGUGCUGUUGCGGAGGCAUUUGCCGAUUUCAACAGCCCAGAAAAGUCGGAGGGCUUUGCAGCUCUCAACCUGUUGAUGGCAUCGUGGAAAGCAAGUCCUAUUCUGGCAGGUUAUCACCAACAAGAUGCUCAUGAGUUCUAUCAAUUUCUCGUUGACAAGCUUCAUGCUAGCACCGAAGGACACUCUGAAGGCCCGAACAAGAGCUGUUCAUGCUUCUUUCAUAAAGCAUUCUACGGCAAAAUCCGGAGCAGCGUUACCUGCGACAGAUGCGGCAACGUCACACAGACUGAGGAUCCUAUCGUGGAUCUGAGUCUGGAUGUUCAGGUACAGGCAAAAAAGCGGCAACUGGGCGGACGGGGAUCCUCGACUCCCACUCUUAAUGGUUGCUUGGAGAGCUUCACGUCCCCAGAAAAGCUCAUGGCCGACGUGUACAACUGCAGCGGUUGUGGUGGGACGCCACAGAAGGCGACCAAACAGCUGAAGAUCAAGAAAUUGCCGGCGAUCUUGUGCAUGCAGUUGAAGCGCUUCGAGCACACGUUUUCCGUUUCCGAGAAAGUGGAAGGGAGGGUGGACUUUCCGUUGUCCAUCAACAUGCUCCCCUACACGACCAAGCCGAACUCUCGCAAGGUCGACAAGUCGAGAUACUUGUAUGACUUGGCCUCCGCUGUGGUCCAUAAGGGGAAGCUGGAAGCUGGUCACUACUAUGUGUAUUGCCGGCAAGGUGAUCAGUUGUUUGCAUCCCCUCUCAUCACCCCUCUGUUGUUGUUUUUCUUCACAUUUCAUGAUCACUGCAUUGCAUUGCCUUGCAUAGCAUUGCAUGCAGAAAUGAUAGAAAGACAACAACAACAACAACAACAACAACAACAACAACAACAACAACAACAACAACAACAACAACAACAACAACAACAACAACAACAACAACAACAACAACAAAGACGACUGUUGCAUCACUCUUGUUUGUACACUAUCUGA